AUGAAGGGUCCCUUGGUCUGCUUCCUGCUCCUGGCGGCGACUUUUGCUGCAGCGACGGAAUGGGAGGAGGUUCCGCCCACCUACGGCGAGUGCCCAGCGCCUACACAUGUUGCCCCCAACGCCUAUUACUGCAUGGCGAACAGACCCUGCCCAGGGGAUGAAAAAUGCUGCCAGGUUCAUAACAUAAUGAAAUGUGUCCUUCCAAAAGGAGUGCAUCAGGGGUACUGCCCCAGGCCGCAAGACCAGGCCGUCUACAAGAAGCCCUGCGCAGGAGACCACCAGUGCGGAUGGCAUGAGAAAUGCUGCCUGAAGGAUGGCCAGAAGAAGUGCGUUCAGGCUGUUCCAGACAUCAAGAAGCCUGGCACAUGUCCCCCGCCAGUUCAGGACGAGGACAAGCGUUGUGGAAAAUACUGCUCCAGCGAUGCCAAGUGCCCGGGCAUCGAACGCUGCUGCCCCACUUCCUGUGGGCAGGAAUGUAGAAUCCCCCAAAGAUAUAUGCCAGGAUACUGCCCAGCGGUGCUCCUCCCGCCCAGCAGGGGGGACGUUUGCUUCCGCACCUGCACCAACGACUUCGACUGCAACCACGGCAUCCAACUUCCCUUGAAGAAGUGCUGCGACUUUGAGGGCAGGAAGAUAUGCGUAGACAACAUGGAAGAACACCCCGGCGUGUGUCUCAGGAGGGUUGAAGUGCAGCCCUUCGUUCCCUGCAACGACACCUGCGAUGAUGACCAGGACUGCCCCCUGACUGAGAAGUGCUGCUUCACUGGCUGCGGCCGAGGCUGCCUGCCCUCAGUCCGCAGUGAGGUGUGUCAGUUACCCAUGGCGCAGGGCAGCUGCAAAAAGAGUUUGACGCGCUUCUACUAUGACCCGGAGAAGAAGAAGUGUGUCUCAUUCAUCUAUCGGGACUGUGAGGGCAACCGCAACAACUUUGAGACCAAGGAGCUGUGCGAAAAGGCCUGUGGGGAAAUCAGCAAAGAGGUUUGCAGACUGCCAAAAGAAACAGGUCCUUGUCAAGGAUUUUCAAUGCACUAUUACCACAACUGGGAGACCAAAAAGUGUGAAAUGUUUGCUUAUGGAUUGUGUGGUGGCAACGAGAAUCGCUUCUCCACCAAACUGGAAUGUGAAAUGGUCUGUGGUGGAUUCGGUAAGGAACAAGAAUGA